AUGUCGUACUUCCCAUUUCUUGACCUGCCCGUCGAGAUCCGCGAGAUGGUGUACGGCUACCUGAUCUCCUUUGACGGCAUCCAACGAUGCAUCGACGCGUACAACGACGUGUUCGCGGACUACAAGGCCGUCCUUAGGAACCCGCAUCUGAUCGAGCAGUACAAGAAGACCCCGUCCAUCCUGCUCGUGAACCGGCAGAUCCACGCCGAAGCGCUGCCCUUCGUCGGCAGGGCCGAGCUGUAUCUCCACGCCCCGUUGUACAGUUUCGAGUUCGGCGGGCUCGGGCUGUCCAUACAGGGAGCGCUGCUGCCGGACGGCGUGCUGGAAAGGAUCAAGCGCGUGCGCUUCAGGUUCCGAAUCGUAGAGUCCAUCGCCGUCGACAUGGGACCUGGCGACUCGUCGUCGUCGUCGCCGUCGUCGUCGGCCUUCGACGCUGACGCGUUGCUGGGGACCGCAGGCAGCUGGAGCGACGCCACCACGGAAACCGUGCUGCUGUUCAGCAAAUUCUGGGCUGCGCUCUGGGUCCACGUUCUCACCGUCUGGAUCGAUGCGCCAAGAGACGACAGGACGCUCGUCGUGGAACGACAGCUCGAACACACCGAGUGCGUCGACGAGACCUGGGUCCCUCGUCUGGACUUGGCCACGUACGAUUUGCCUACCGACACGGAGGGGCUUCGAAAUCUCAAACGUGCAAUUUUUGACUGCUGGAAGGAGGACCUCUACGAACCUCUCCUCAGCUUCCUCCGACCUUAUGAAAUCUGCCAGGCUUAA